UUCUAUCAAGUACUCAAGAGUAGUGCGACGUCUACAAAAAGGGACUGCUAUUUGAUCAUGUCUACUCCUUCAAACGUUUCUACCACCAAGGAUUCUAAGGCGAAGCAAGCAUCGACCGCAGAACAGACCAGCGCAGCUCAAUCGAUAACAGCUCCCAAGAGGUCUAGCACGAAAAUCCCAAAGAAAAAAGCGAAGAAGCCAAUCAGCCCAGAAAUUGUGCCGUCCGAGUGGGACACGAGCUCAGACGAAGCAACGAAGUCAGAUAAGCCUAAACCACCGUCUUCAAUCGCACCAGGUUUAAAAAAGUCCUCUACGACCUCCGAUCCGUUUAAGAGCAACAAACCAGUCGACAAGCUCGUCGAUAGCGAUCUCUUGAAGAACAUUAACUUCAAGAAGUCCAUUCCUAAGGGAACGUCGACCGCUACUACCGUCUCAAUCGUUCAGCCAACUGAACCGAUUAACGAAGCCAAGAAUCAACAGCCGGAUCUUUUUCAACAUCCAGUCGAUUCCAGCGCUGCCCAGACUACGAUACAUCCAGCUCCAGUUUCGUCCGUACUUCCCUCUCUCCCAAAAAUCUCGAGCGACGCUACAGUCCAGAAGAAACUCGAGAACUAUUUUGUUCCCCAGGGGAGAACCACUAGAUCGAUCUCAUCUUCAUCGUCUGUUUUGCCGAGCGGUUCUUUCACGACCGAACCCUACGAACCAGCUGAUAGCAGUGAUCUAGAUAUCAUUACAGGAGCCACCGCCCAACUCUGGUCGAAGCCCAAGAUUCCAAAGGGGCCCCUAGAGGAAGACAUUCUACAAAAGUAUCGCCCGUCGUUUCAUCCUCUUCUUCAAACGGUGAAACUACAACAGGAAUACUACCGCAAAGCGCUAGAGACGAAGGACGAAGACUUGAAGAUAGUGGCGUUGAGAGCCGCUUCGUCAGCUCAGUCCAAUCUGCUCAGGGCGAUGAAUCAAGAAGAAUUCCUGAGUUUGUUCAACAGGUGGGACCCGAUAGCGGAGUACCAAGAUUAUCUGACCGGCCAAGCGGGCCGAAACUAUUGGAGGAAGGAAGGGGUAGCAGUGACCCCCUCGCCAUCGCCAGAAGUAGAGAUGAGACCUCCGGAAUCGGUUCAAAGGAACCAGACGACAGACUCAUCGAACCAACGUCAGGCGCAGAUGGACUUUCGCUACUCGGCAGAGAACCCUCCCCCGUCAGCGAACGUACAACCGUACGAACAGUACCGGAACGCUCAGAACAACCCAGAGACGAUUCAGGGUCACCAGCACUACCCCACCGAGGCUCACAAUCGUCCUCACAGUGCAAACAAUCGCAGUCGCAAUCGGAACCGCAACUCGAACAAUCACCGCAACCAAGAAUACAGAGCAACCAAUUUCCGCCCGAGGAAUCCAAACGGGCCUCGCCAGCGCACGAAUUCUCAGACAGCGAGAGAAAACCGUCGCAUCGCUCAUCAAAGAUCGAUACAUCAAGAAAUGAUACGACUCAAUCGCACCACCCAAGCGCAGUACCAAGCCUUGGAGGCGAUGCGCGAACAGAGCGCAGGAUACGGGAGUCGUCGUCAACCCCAAGAGGGAGGGGCGAAUCAAAACUACUAA